GGAACCUCUGUGCUCUCUUCGUCCUGACUGACUGUCAUGCAAGCAGACGAGUCAUCCACUCAGGCUGUCGCCCAGUCUCGCAACACAGGCCAUACAACAUGCGAAGCCAAGUCUAUUCAUGGUUCGGGUGCGCUGGUGUAUCUUGGCUCUCGUCGCCAUCUCCGUGGUCGCAGAGGUGGGUUGAAGGAUAUGCCCGAGAUGCCACUGGAUGUUCUCUUUGAAAUAUUUGGAUUCCUCCACUCAAGAGACCUGCUGAGUCUAGCCCGGGCGACGAGGGAGUUCAGGGCUCUCCUAAUGAGUCGGCAGUCAGCGCCGUUCUGGCGAGAAGCAAGGAGACUUAUAGAGGAUCUACCGGACCCUCCUUCAUAUUUGAGUGAGCCUGCUUACGCCAACCUCCUCUUCUCUGUACAUUGUCACAACUGUUGCAAGCCCAACGUCCAGGCUGUAUACUGGACAUUCUCUGUCCGGUACUGCGAUCCGUGCCAGAAAGCUAUGUUCGCCGAUGAGACCGAGGUGUCGGCGUUCCUAAUGGAAGCCUUCCAAUACGCAUCCGACCUAUAUGUGAAUUCCAGAUACGAUACGGGCCGUUCCUUCGGGCGGCAGUAUCAUAUUCCCGAGAUCGGCGCUGUGAGACGGCAGUGGGCCGCGCUCCGCGAUGAUGCAGAAAGGGCCAGGUUCAAGGCAGAUAGGGCGGCAUUCGUCGCGGAGAGUCAGAAAUACUGCAAGCUCCUCUCGCUUUGGCAGGUUUCUUGCAAGGGCAAGAGGUCAAAGGAAGUAUGCGAGCUGAAGAGGGAGCGUUUCGAAGCCGUCAAGUGUAGAUUGCAUCAAGAAGGCUUUGGCGAUGUGUUGAGUUGCAUGAAGUACAUGGAGCUCACGGGCCUCAAAAGGAUGAGUUCCGUGAACAGGGCGUCCAAGCUUACGGAUAAAGGAUGGAAGAGCAUCCGCACGUCUGUCGUGCAGUACAUGACGCCAAUCCACGAUAGGUAUCUGAAAGCACGCACCGAGUUGACUUACAGACUUCGACUCGGACGGCUCAGAGACCUCUUAGACGAUUAUCAUCACAGCAACACUCCACGUACUCCUUCAUCAGACUGCGAGCCAGGGUUCUGUGAACUUGCGACCCUACCAGCGAUCCAGACACUCCUCCAGGACAUGUCCAGCGACGUCGUGCAAGAGUUACAAAUUCUGCCCGUCGAUUUCCCCAGUCUCAUGAUCUCAUGGACGGAGCAUCAUAGGAACGUCUUCGUUGAGCUCGCGCUAAGGGGUCUAGGCGAAUCCUCUGCUUCCCUAGAGCUGGACACUCUUCUCGAUCUCGCACUCGUCUCCUUUGUCUGCAAGCGCUGUCAUCGACGGCAACUACGCUGGCCGCACCUCCUUUCUCAUCGGUGCUUCCGCGAUAGAUCUGAAGUACACCCGAAAUCCGUUUAUGAGGUUCUCGCGUCGCACCAGAUGCAAUCUGACCACGAUGCGCCUUAUCGGGGAGAGGAACUUGCGGUGUUCGAUGACCACGUCGCUGUCACACAUUCCAUAAUCUCCCUGUGUGGGCUCGCUCCGGACACCGCAACAUACAAGGACGUAGAAGACGCCGGCGCUACGCUCGUCUGCUGGCUUUGCAUGUCGGAGAGCCCUGGGCAGUGCCAGGUAUUCGACUGGCAAACUGCAAUCCGGCACUCCAUCAUCAGUCACUCUACAGAGGGCGCGGACCCCGCAUCCUUCUGGGAGCGCCUCCUGCCUGUCCAAACGGUCCAAGCGCAUGCGCUCGAACGCACGCUCGUGCAACAGAACAACACGCUCUCGCAGAAUCCUAUCAACGUGUUCGGCUGCACGCGGUGCCCCUCGCAUGGGUCUGUCGUCGUCCUUAUGUUUCAUUUCCUUUGUGUACAUGGUUUAGUCAGCCCUGAGCUCGGGGAGGACAUGUACCUACAUGAGGACUCGAAGCCGUGCGGCGCGCCUUCCGUCUGGAUUGACCUAUCGGCGCGGCGGUUGUGCACGGAGGUACAGGCGGUUUGACUGACGCGUUCUUGGCUCCUUUGUUCCGUUCGACCCAGGUUUCUUCGUGCACUUACUCUUAUCUCUCUGCUUGUACAGAAGUUUUACGGGCGCCUUGUAAACUAAUGACAACAUUUAUAUAUCCUGA